CAUACUCAGUCCUAGAGUUGCUGCCUCGUGAAAUGUAGGCCACCUGGAACGCCUCCCAUUCUAUGGUAUGUAGUUUGAUGACGCAGUAACGAUACGAAGUUGGAAACAUGGAGCUCCCCACGGCGGACGGCGUAUCUGCACCUCUGCCUGGAAGAUGUGCCUUUUACGUGGAAAAGAAAAACCGAUACUGCAAAAUGAUAGUUGGAAGUGGAAAAGCAUAUUGUGGGGAACAUGCUAACGCGGAAAAGGACUGUGAGAAAAAAAGAAUACCAUGUCCUCUGGAUCCAAAACACACUGUAUUCGAAGAACUUUUAGCAAAACAUCUGAAGAAGUGCAACUCCAGAGAGAAACCCAAACCUGUGUUCUAUGUGCAAGAUAUUAAUGCUGGACCAGCCAUUGAUGAGGACACCCCCAACGAUGAGGUACCCUUAUCGGAUCGCAGUAAAGCAGAGCUGGACCUGCUCAUAGAAAAACUGAAGACUGGCGUCAAAGGGUUCAAAUGCAAACAUGAAGAAAGAAUACAAUCUCACCCUGCUCUUCAUGAAGCUUUGAAUGAUCCAAAGAAUGGGGACUCUGCGUUCAAACACCUGAAGCAACAGGCGUCCCUUUUAGGAAACAUGGAGGAUUUGCACUUGCUUGGACCUAACCGGUGUUUUGUUGAGUUUGGUGCAGGGAAAGGCAAGCUUUCCCACUGGAUCCAUGUCGCUCUGAAAGCCUAUGACGACAUCCAUUUCCUGCUUGUGGAAAGAUCAAGCACUCGUUUUAAAGUAGAUGGCAAACACCAAAAUGCUGAUACAAAAUUUGAAAGACUACAAGUGGAUAUUCAGCACCUUGAUUUGCGUAAAGUUCCUCUCCUCCAAGAAAAGGGACUUCCAGUGGUUGGAGUGGGCAAACACUUGUGUGGUGCAGCAACUGACCUUGCUCUUCAAUGCCUACUGGGCAGCUCGGAGACUGCGCCCCAUGGGAUCGAAGGUCAGCCGCCCAGCAAGCGCUCAAAGCUCCAGCAGCAGCCUGGAGAGUCUACAGGAACGGAGCUAGAGCCCAUUCCCAGGGCAGCAGGGGAGACUGCUGCCGGCAGGGAGCUGAGGGUGGGUGGGGUGGCCAUCGCCUUGUGCUGCCACCACCGCUGUGACUGGAGGCAUUAUGUAGGCAAGGAGUUCUUCAAGGAGAGAGGACUAGGUGCCUCUGAGUUCGCUGCCUUCCUGCGCAUGUCAAGUUGGGCAACCUGUGGCUUGCGACAAGCCAGACAGACCUCCCCACCACAAGGUCAAACUGACCAAACGUUUGAGGAAGAGGAGCACGAGGUGACAGAAGAGGCUGAACUAGACAGCUUGAAAGGAGUGUUGAAUGCUGAGGACCGUGAACACAUAGGACGCCUGUGCAAGCUGCUGAUUGACCAGGGCAGGGUUCACUUCCUGCAGCAGAAGGGAUUUGACUCCCGCUUACUCUACUACACCAGCACAGACGUUUCUCUAGAAAACGUGUUGCUAACUGCACUUCCCGCCUCACGGUGAAAAGAAAUUCCAAUGACAGUGCAACCUGUGCUGUGCAUGGACAGCACACCUCUCUAUUUUAAGCAGUGCUAUUUAUCUUGAUACUUUUCCUUUUUUAAGCCCAAAAGGCAAGAAACCUGUUUGCAGUUACAGAAAACAUUACACUGGCAACAUAAGAAAACACUUAACACAAGGCAAAAGGCUCAGGACAUAGCAGACAAGACUAUGGUUGGAGUCAAUUCCAUUUAAAGUCUAUUAAUUUUUGUAAAUUAUUUUGAAAAAAUCCUGGAAAUUAAGUGGAUUUGACCCCAAUGUUGGACAAGAUACAUUUCCCAAAAAGAGAAAGAAAUGCUCAAAAGGACAUGCUUGACAAGACUAGGCCAUCACCACACGGAGGAUGAGACGCUGUCGACAACAGACAGAGGACAGGAACCGACAGAGGCCAACAUGUAGGUCACAGUGACGGUGCAGACUCUGCCACAGCUUCAAGGGUCACAUUUAGUUCUGAGGUGUAGUAUGACUCAGGUGCUGAAAGACAUUUCAAAAGGGCAGUGUCAUUAAAGAGCAACUCCAGUAGGGGAAGAAAAAACAUCUAAAAAAAUGCCAAAACCUCUUGGCACGAUUUGUUCCAGGAACAAUUAGUAAUAUCCCCCUCAAAUAUUCAUAGUAGUCAGCAAAUGACAAUGUGUCUUGGAAGCUAGCUAGCGAGUCAAACAGCACUAGAUAGCACCGUUAGCUUUGAUACAGUACAUAACAUUAGCUGGAUGAGUUGAGGACUUUUAUCUCACCUCUUGGACUGUGGGUGGUAACGUUAGCUUGUUUGCCUACUUUAUUAUUCUGCGUGCAUCAAACUGGAAUAAACGUUUUCAAUAAGA